AUGGCCGACCAGCCCGACUGGGUGACGCUCGUGUCCGCCGACGGUCACCGCUUCAUCCUCCCGCGCACGGCCGCCCUCGGGUCCGACUUCCUGUCCAACACGCUCUCUGCCGACUUCCUCGAGUCGGCGACCGGCGUCGUGCGCCUCCCCGAGAUGCGCGCAGAGGUCGUCGAAAAGGUGUGCGAGUACCUCGUGUACAAGGAAAAGUACAAGGCCACAAAGGGCGAGAUCCCCGACUUCAAGGAACGCGUCAAGCCCGAAAUCGCCCUCGAGCUGUUGAUGGCGAGCGACUACCUCGAGUGUUGA